UUUGCUAUUCACGUACAUUUUUCCGCACAAUUUCUCUUCUCUGUGAAUAGUACCAAACAGUCGACAGCGAAAACUGCGUUACUGUGAUCGCUUCAUUCAUGAUACCGGAGAAAGCAUCCUCUUUCAGGGCGGAGAGUUGAAGAUAACGAGGCAAAAUGGCCAAACGGAGAAUCACACAGGAGACCUUUGAUGCUGCUGUCAGGGAAAACAUGGAGGAGUUUGAGAUGGACCCGGACGAGGCUUUGAGGGAGGCUGUGGAGCAGUUUGAGUCUCAAGGUGUGGACCUCAGUUGCAUAGUGAAAGCUGUCCCAACAUUAUCAUCGGCUGACAGUCAAGAAGAGCAGACACACGAGGUCCUACAGGCGUUGGAGUCCCUCCGAAUUGGAAAAGACUCUGCUGGUGUGACAGCAGACCUAAAAAGCUUCACUGAGCAGUGCUCACUGGGAUUUGCCCAGCGGUACCUCGCUGCCCAGAAAGACGCCUACCCCGUCAUCCUGUCCUACUGCAAAAAGAGCACGGGGGAGCAGGAAGCAGCAUUAGCUGCGCUGUCUGCUCUGGUCGCGCUGAUGGAUGGACAGCCAGACUUGCUGGAUGCAGAGGGCCGGCAGUUCCUAUUGGAUGUCCUUAAGAAGUACCAGGCAGACUCUUCUGUGACACGGGUCGCCAUCAGUGCCGUGCGGCACUGCUGUUUAAAGCACGAACAGAACAGGCAGGAUUUUGUCAAAGGCGGCGUCCUGCCGCUGCUCACUGGUGCCAUCACACAGCACGGUGAAUGUGCGGAGAUGGUUAAGGAGGCCUGCGCAACUCUCCGAGUCAUGACCUUUGAUGAUGACGUGCGGGUUACGUUUGGGCACGCUCAUGAACACGCCAAGAGUAUUGUUCUUGAACACAGCGGACUGAAGGUGUUGAUUGAGGCUGCCAAAGCUCACCUUGGCAACACUUCUGUUUUGAGUGAGCUGUGUGCGACUUUAUCCCGUCUGGCUGUACGCAAUGAGUUCUGUCAAGACAUCUGUGAUAUGGGCGGAUUAAAACUCAUGAUGACUUUGCUCGCAGACAGCUAUGAGUCAGCGGAGCUGGUUCGGCAGGUCCUUAGCGCGAUCCGAGCCAUAGCAGGAAAUGAUGACGUGAAAGACGCUGUUGUUAAUGCCGGUGGAGUUCAGCUCAUUGUCAUCGCCAUGAACAGGCACAUGAGCAACUCUGCUGUGUGCGAGCAGGCUUGUGCAUGCCUCUCUGUCCUUGCUCUACGUAAACCCAACAACUGCAUGGUCAUCAUGGAGAAUGGAGGUGCCUUGGCUGCCCUGCAGGCUAUGAAGUCUCAUACCGAUGUGGUGAACGUGCAGAAACAAGGGUGUAUGGUGCUCCGAAAUCUGGUCGCACGAAUGCGUAACUUCAGCCAGCCAAUCUUGGAGAUGGGAGCAGAAGCGCUGAUAGCCCAGGCGCUGCAGAACCAUCAAGACUGCGGUGAUGUAGGCAAGGCGGCCUUGAGAGAUCUGGGAUGUCAGGUGGAGCUUCGGGAGCUGUGGACUGGCAAACAUGGCAGCCUUACCAACUGA